UAAGGAGAAAAGGAAGCGUGCGUUUUCCUCAUACCGAAGUUUGGAGGAAGUGUUAGAAAAAUACGGAAUUAAAAGUAGUAGUAUAACGAGCAUCCCCCAGUUCACACCAGUACCUCACUCAAUCGAUGAAAAAUCUCCAGAGUUUAAGCUCUGCAUUGAUGACAUUUUUCGUAGGAUAAAAAAUAUGGGGCCAGUCGUAGAUAGUAAUGAGGCUAUGCGUUGCGAAUACAUUUCUACAAUCCUUCAUACUGCUGUCAGCAUCCUAGGAGGAUUGGUAAUCUUGCCUCAGAUGAAUGUAUCUGGUGAAGAAAGUUCCGGCCGUGUAGAUUAUGCGAUCAAGAAAAUACUGGAUGAUUUGCUCGAAGAAAUAAUAUGCAUAACCGAAGGAAAGCGAAACCAGCCGGGAAAGGUUUCGUGCGAAUUGAAUUUAGAUACGCUCAAGAAAAGCGUACGGCUGAUGAAGCAUUCGAGGAGUAUGAAUAUCAUCACAACAGCCACGGACUGGUAUUUCAUUCUACAUAGCACCGAGGCUAUCUAUUGUACGAGCAAGACUGAGUAUCGCAUCUCUCUGACUGAAGACACACUCAAGGACUCUACCGACUUGCGCAAGAAUGUGAAGAGGAUUUUAGAGGUUAUAGUGGGCUUGUUAAAAGAUAGGGUAUCAGCUAGUGAAGAACCCGCAAAUAAGAAGCGCCGUGUGGAAGAGAUAAUCAAGAAAAAUAAUUGUAUAGGACACUAGCAUAGAUGUCAUGUAUCGCGGGCUACGUCCCGA